CGACAAGUAGUAUCUACCAGGCCUUGGUACGAAAAAGUUGACACUCGUUCUCAGUUAGUGCGAUACUUCAUCGACUCUUCGUUGCCUGUUCACUCCGGUAGAUCGACGGUGUUAAAUCACGAUGUUACUGCGAGCCUUAACCAUUGUUUGGAUCGCGAUCGGUGGAAUACGUUCGGACGUCUUCGAUCCCCCCGAUCCCCUGGAAUUAACGGACAAAUCCGAUCUGAAAUACAGACCCUGGGAUGCCGAGGACGCGUCUAACACAACAUGGAUUUCUCUGGAAGGAAUGGGGAUCACACAUUUGGGAUCGUCGAUGUUCCAACUCAAUAUUCCUAAUUUGAAGUGGCUGAGGAUGGACAAUAAUCGAAUCCAGAGGAUACCUGACGAUAGUUUCAAGUUUUUUCCAAACUUGACUUACCUCAGUUUGGCGGGCUGCGACAUCCAAAAUAUUGAACCUUCCGCCUUUCGUAAUCUUGACAGUUUAAAAAUUCUAGAUCUUGACAGGAAUCAGUUACAAUAUCUCAGUGUAGGACUUGAUUGGCUCAUUAAUUUGCACAUGCUGGAACGUUUAUAUUUGAGAAAUUCCAAUAUGCAGACUUUCUCAGUGGCGGACACGAAUACCCUGAAACAUCUUCACUUAUCUGGAAACCGAUUAUCAAUUUUUGAAACCCCUGUUUCAACAGAGUUGACGCAUCUGUACCUUGACAAUAACCAAUUGAGGUACAUCUCAUUAUGGAACUUCAAAUCGCUUGUCUAUCUAAAUGUAGCUAACAACCAAUUUGGAAGCAUUAAAACUUGCUCAACGUCGCAUUAUCCCCGUCGUGGUUAUAAUUCAUACAACAGCAAUAAUGACCUAAGAACCGUGUGUCUCAAUCGCGCUCCAGCUCUGCAAUAUCUCUUGCUUUCGAAAAAUCAAAUAUCUAUGAUCGAGACGGACGUUUUUCUAGACAUUAAAACCUUGGUUGAAGUAGAUCUUAAUAAUAAUCAGAUCAGUCGAAUCCACGCGGGUAUAUUCAAUAACCUCUUGCGCAUUGAAUACAUUUUGUUGGACUCAAACAAGAUUACGGAUGUCAAUUAUCACGCGUUUGUUAACUUGCCUAAUUUGAAAAUGAUAUCGUUGAAAUAUAACAAAAUUACCGAUAUCGACGAAGACGCGUUCACCAAACUUAAUUCAAGCGCCAAUGAAGUUUCCCUGUUUUUAGACCACAACCAAAUACGUAUUUUGAGAAGAGGUUCUUUCCGGGGUAUCGAGGGGCUGAAAUAUAUAGGUCUCAGUAAUAACAAAAUACGAACCAUCUCGUCACAGGCCUUCGUUGAUCUUCCCAACCUGGCAAGUAUAAUGAUAGAAGAUCAAUCCCAAUCUCUCGAUCAGCGUUCGUCUGAUUCAUACAAUCCAUACUCUAAUAUACAACCAAGACCGAAGCUGGAAGAUUUGGGGUUGAUAGAGUCGGAUGCAUUUUUUAAUCUGUCCAAUUUGACUUCAAUCAUAAUUCGUCGAAAUUUGUUCACUGUAUUCGAGUCUCGGGCGUUCCACGAUCUGCCAAAAUUAAGAACAUUAGACUUGUCUGACAACAACAUUCAGAUUCUAUCCUCUGAAGUAUUCGUCGAUCUUCCUGAACUCGAAAGCUUGAGUCUUAAAGGCAAUGAAAUCAGUGCGAUAACUGAAGAAGCAUUCGGCAAGUUGAAUUCAACUGCGAAUAAAGUUUCCUUGUUUCUCGAUAGCAAUAAUAUACACACGUUAAACACGGGCUCGUUUCGCGGUAUCAAAGGUUUGAAUCACAUCGGUCUUAGCCACAACGAAAUAAAAACCAUCUCGACACAGGCCUUCGUAGAUCUUCCGAAUCUUGCGAGCAUACUAAUCGAAGAUCAAGUGGCUGAUCAGAGUCCAACACCAAUGCCAUUUUCGACAACAGAGGGAUAUUUCGAUGAUUACGAAGACCGGUUAAACCAAGGGUUCCUCGAACCGGUUGAAGCCUUCAAAUUGCGAGGACCAACGCCGAAAGAAAUAGGGUUGAUAGAGUCAGACGCAUUCUCGAACCUAUCAAAUCUAGCUUGUAUCACGAUUCGACGCAAUUCAUUCGCCGUUAUCGAAUCUCAGGCGUUCCACGUGCUGCCGGCUUUGACAACGCUGGAUCUGUCUUUUAAUGGCAUAAGACGUCUCUCCUCCGGAGCUUUUGACGAUCUUCCAAAAAUUGAAAGAUUGGAUCUGAGGAACAACCUGAUCAGCGUCAUAAACGAGGAUACUUUUACCGAUCUGAAUUCAAAAGCGGAUGCGUUUCAUUUGCAAUUGGACAACAACCAAAUACGCACUUUGAGCAGCGGCUCAUUCCGCGGCAUCAAAGCUUUGAAUGCUAUUGGCUUCGGCGGUAAUAGAAUAAAAACAAUUCUCUCACAAGCUUUCAUCGAUCUUCCGAAUCUCGAGAGUAUAGUGAUUGAAUAUCAACCGAACGACCUUAUUGACGAGCGCACCUUUAUAGCAUCGGACGCGUUUUUGAAUCUUUCAAAUGUAACCUCGAUCACCAUUCGAGGUAAUACAUUCCAUGAAAUAAAAGCUCGGGCCUUCCACGACCUUCCGGAAUUAACCGAGCUGAACUUGUCGGAGAAUCGCAUUGAAAUUUUAUCAUCCAAAGCAUUUUUGGACGUUCCCAAAUUGGAAAAUUUGUACCUCCAUAGAAAUUUUAUACCUGAAAUCGAACCUAAUACUUUUCCUAAACAGUUACGGAAUCUGGAUUUAUCGUGGAAUCCGAUUUGCAAAAACUUUAGCUGCUGGGACGUUGAAGAACUUGACCAGCUUACGCAACUUGAUCUUUCGGGGAUAAUUGAUAGAUUCAUGAUCGAUGAAUUUGCCGACUUGCCGAGGAAUCUAACAGUCGUAGUCGGGCAGGCAGAAAGAUGUCCGUGAACGAAAACACUUUUGUUCGAUUUUGUCAUAACACUUCUACUCCAUAAACACAUAAAUAUUCCUAAUUAUAAGUAGUUUGGAAGUUACGCAAAAUGUAAGAAAUGCAACAAAAAAAUGUAUCGCACUCGUACUUCGAUGAGUGAAAUAACCUCGUAAUGUAAGGAUUGACUAUCUGUCAAUUAUUGAAUAAAUAAAUUUCAGCAUCGGAACGUUUGAAAAAACUGUAAUGAACCGUUUAAACAGUAAACCUCUGUAUCGUGUUAUAAA